CUAACAUUUGGUACAAAAAAAUAAAAUAUACAAGAAAUUAUAUAAAAUGGCAUCCUUUGACUUGGUAUCUGAAUCAUCGUUGUCAUUACUUAAUAAUUUUUUUGAAGACAAAUCUUAUGUUGUUGGAUAUACUCCAUCACAGGCAGAUGUUUCUCUAUUUCAUGAGAUAAAACAAUUACCUUCGGCUGAGAAAUAUCCUAAUUUGACUCGAUGGUAUACACAUAUAUGUUCAUAUACACAGGACUUUGAAAAAUUUCCUGGGGAGAAAGGAAAACCUGCUAGUUCAUAUUUAACUGAUAUAUUUAUAUGUGAAUCCAAAAAAGAAGAAGAUGAUGAUAUUGAUCUUUUUGCAAGCGAUGAUAGUUCAGAAGCAGAAAGAAUUAGAGAAGAAAGACUUGCUAUGUAUAAAGAAAAGAAAGCAUCGAAACCGAAAGUUAUAGCAAAAUCUAUUGUUACUAUGGAUGUUAAACCAUGGGAUGAUGAAACGGAUAUGGUAGCUUUAGAAGAAGGUGUUCGAGCUAUUGAGAUGGAUGGCCUUGUUUGGGGGUCAGGAAAACUGGUUCUUGUAGGAUAUGGAAUCCGUAAACUUCAAAUUACACUUGUUGUUGAAGAUGAAAAGGUUUCAAUUGAAGAACUUCAAGAACGAAUUGCAGAAUUGGAAGAUUAUGUACAGAGUUCUGAUGUUGUUGCAAUGCAAAAACUUUAAAAUUCCUUUUGUAAAAUUAGUUAAUCAUUUUGUUAUUAAAAAUAUA